AAAUAAUGUAGCACGUCAAUGUCACGAAAUCAGUACAUUGCUUUUAUUAUUUGUCGUGAACUCUUAAAUCCCGUGUAUAUUUCUGUCGUGGAACCAUAAUUUGCCGUCUUCUGCGAGUCCGCUCGGAGCUCGCAAUGACGAGCUAAAAAGAGCAACGCGUCGCUCACCGGAUUAUCGGGCGUGAGCGGAAACCGAAACCGAACGUGUGCAAGAAUGAUUGCAGAGUACGAGGAGGAAGUUCGUCGAACAAACGAGGAGAACGAGCGACAAGGUCCAAUUCUGGACGCGGGUUUCAAGCCUCGAGAUGACGCACACAGAGCAGAUGUCAGUGAAGAUCCCCAUCCUGAGCAGCGGGACGCGGAGUCCGAGGAGCCGAAGUCUCCCCGCAUGAAGGAGGAAGAGGAGGAACGCAGCAUCAGUCAGGAGGGAGAGGAGGAGGACAUCGGCAAUUUUCCAUUCACUGUUGUCCAUGUGAAGAGUGAAGAUGAUGAAGAAGAGGACGUUGAAGAAGGCGGUGGAUCCCAAGCAGAAGGCCUCUUAGUGGAUUGGAACAGCAUAACGUCACACCCUCCCGACGGCAAUGUUGCCGAACACUCCCGAGGUGAUACGACGCGUCGCACUGGCAACGCGCACUUGACGUGCGCUCGGUGUGGCAAGACUUUUACCGACAAGAGGAAUCUCAGGAGACACGUGAUCAUUCACACGGGAGAAAAAGCUUUCAUGUGUUCAGUUUGUGGGCAAAGAUUCUUUCAGAAGGGAUCGAUGAUAACGCACACAAGAAAGCACACUGGAGAAAAACCUUUUUGCUGCUCGGUGUGCCACAAAUGUUUCAGUGAUUAUUCGACAUUGGUGAAACACACGAGAACGCACACCGGCGAAAAGCCCUUUUCGUGCUCAAUCUGCGCUAAAACCUUCUCCCAGAAGGUGGCCAUGAAAACACACACAAGAACACACACCAGAGAAAAAUCCUUUUUCUGCUCCAUCUGCCGCACAAGUUUCAACGUUCGUUCAACGUUGGUUCACCACAUGAGAACGCACACGGAUGUCCGUGAAGAAGAGCGGCAGGAGCCCGCGGCCCCAGACGUUAAAGAGGAAGCAGACCAACACAACAUAGGUCGGGAGGAGGCCGAUCCCACCCGGCUGCCCUUUAAUCGCGUCGUUGUGAAGAGUGAAGACGACGAAGAGGAAGGCGACGGCGACCGCCUCUUAACUCCGCUAUCGGAUAGCGACAACACGUCGCAUUCUCCCGACCCCGAUGAUGACGAGCACGCUAAAGGCGAUGCGACGUGUCACAAUGACAACAAACGUUUGGCAUGUCCGCGCUGCGACAAAACGUUUAGCAACAAUGCAAAUCUGAGAAGACACAUGAUGAUUCACACUGGAGAAAAACCUUUCAUGUGCUCCGUUUGCGGCCAAAGAUUCUCUCAGAAAACAUCGAUGAUAACGCACACGAGAACACACACCGGAGAAAAACCUUUUUCCUGCUCGGUGUGCCACAAAUGCUUUAGCGAUUGCUCGACGUUGACGAAACACACGAGAACGCACACGGGUGAGAAACCCUUUUCGUGCUCAAUCUGCAAUAAAAGCUUCUCCCAGAAGGCGACUAUGAGAAUCCACACGAGAACACACACCGGGGAAAAAGCAUUUUUCUGCUCAGUCUGCAAUACGAGUUUUAAUGUUCGUUCAACAUUGGUCCAGCACAUGAGAACGCACACGGGCGAGAAACCUUUUACCUGCUCGGUGUGCACCAAAAGUUUCGGUCAUCCCGCAGCGCUGGCGAGGCACGUGAGAACGCACACUGGGGAGAAAGUGUUCAAUUGCAGUGUGUGUGCUCAACGAUUCUCUUACAAGUAUCAGGUGAACAAACACAAGUGUGCUGGGGAAGAACAGCAGCAGGACUUUAGAUAAACGUUGACUUUCACUUGGGUUAAACGCCGUUGAGGCCCAUUUUCUAGUGAGCGGCACUGCUGGAUUUACAGUGUACGCGCUCAUAAUAACUCAUCGUUAUUAUAGACCGCCAAGGAUGCUACUCGUGUUCAUGUUUCAAAUUCCACAUACGGUACAGUUCGUCGGUUGCAGUCGAAUGAACGGUUUUCACAAAACAAGCGACCGAAUAGAACAUUUCCAGUCUUUCAUGUUUGAAUAGCCUUAAAGACUGCAUGUGGCUUCGUAGACAAACCAAAAACACACGCUUCAGUAUUACAAAUUGAAGAACAUACUGUGGCGCUGGUACGAGGGCUCCCUCUAGUGGUGCAUAAAAUAAUCCCUGAAUUCAAUGUUCGAAUCGUCAGUGGCAGUGGCGUUCGCCUUUUUCUCAAAUCCCGUCCAGUACAUUUAUUGUACUGUCCUUACACUUCAUUUGCAUUGAAUCAUUUAGAAAUGUUUGUUCUCCAACACUUAUAAGGGAAAAAUAUCGAAUUCACAUAUGCAAUAAAUUGGAGUUACGUGGUUAUUUCUGGAGCAUUUUGUUUGUUUGUUUGUUUGUUUGUUUUCUACAUUUAAGUGCAGUGUUAAAGUUCCAACUGUGCAUCAUGUUACAGUGGCUAACAAAAAUAUGAAACAUAUGUUUUUAGGAAUGAAACAUCUACCUGGACAAUCUCCAUUCAAAGGACGUGUGAUGACGUGUUCCAAGAAGAGCUGAGCCCAGAACUUGCGAAAUUUGACAUUUCCUAAAAGUAGGACAGGAAAACGACAGAGCAGAAGCUGCAAUGACACCUCCUCACCUGGGGAGGCAGUAACGUACGAGACGUAAUAAAUGAGUCUCGUCUGCCGGAAGUCAAUGCCGAGAAAAGCAAAGUUUGCAAAACGGCGUUUAGCAUAAGGCAUUUAAUCCGAACUGCUUCUGUGGGGUUCCGACUAAUCAACACAAUUCGACCCCUUUUUUUUUUUUUUAUUUCACCGGGGUGACUAACUUCUGUCCGGAUGAACUUGUCUCGGUGGACUUUGAAGUUAGCUUAGCUGGCUAGCUGCUAACAAAGAGACAUCAAAACAUCAUGCGAAGCAGACGUCAGGUGUGCGUGUGCAAUCGUGUGACUAUCGUGUGAGAAUGUGUGCCAAAGUGAAAGAAGAGUACGAGGAGGAACUUUGUGGAGCAAAAGAGGAGAACGAGCGACAACGUCAACGUCGACGACUUGGUGCUGCUUUCAAGAAGCCCCAAGCUGUGUCGCACACAGCUGAUGGCAGCGAACAGUAUCUUCAUCCUGAGCAGCAAGAGUGGAACUUCAAAGUGGAGCAGCAGGGGCUGGAGCCGUCACAUGUUAAGGAGGAAGAGCUAGA